AGAACGCAUUGAUACUGUGUUGCAAAUAUUAAAGUUAAACAUCCAGCAUCCACUUCAACUCAUGUGUUUGAGAUGCUUUAAAAACAUUUGAUUGUUAUUAUACAAAAAACAAAUAUGUGACCAUACACUAUGAUCACUAAUUAACUGACAUACAGAGUUUAUAUUGUACCACAACACCGCAGUGCUUUGAUAAUAAUGUUAAAGUGAUCAGUCAUAUUUAGCACUUUGUAAUUGUAUUUGAACUUUUUAUAUUACUUGUGUGUGGACAACUGAGAGACGGACCACACACAGACUAACAUACAGGCUGGAAGAGACGGGACAGGAGUGAUCCGCCAUUGCGGUGCUUUCUGUCUCUCUUCAUCAGAAACAAACUGCGAGUAAAGAUUGAAACACCGACACAACUUGUUUCAAGAGACAUUUAAUGCGAUCUUAAAGCGAGAAAUCUUUGUGAGAUGCCCAAGAAAUGGAUCUACGGCCCGUGCAGACAUAUCGUUGCUCUCCAUUCGGAUGAUACAGCAUCCUUACCAUGAACACCAGCCGCAAUGAAACAUCGCUGGCGAAUGUCACAGACCUGGGAUACGGCCGGACUUGGGUGGUGGAGUCUGUUGUCAUCCUAAUAAUCACUCUGUUCGUGUGUCUGGGUAAUCUUAUCGUUGUGGUGACCCUGUAUCGAAAGCCCUAUCUCCUGACACCGAGCAAUAAGUUUGUGUUCAGCCUGACGCUGUCUAACCUCCUUCUGUCCGUUCUGGUUCUGCCGUUUGUGGUGGUCAGCUCUUUUAAUGGGGAAUGGCUGUUUGGUGUGGUGUGGUGUAAUUUCACAGCACUGCUGUAUCUGCUCAUCAGCUCUGCCAGCAUGCUGACUUUAGGAGCCAUUGCCAUCGACAGGUACUAUGCAGUGUUAUUCCCUAUGGUUUACCCUGUUAAGAUCACUGGAAACCGUGCCGCAGUGGCCAUCUUCUAUCUGUGGUUGCAUUCUCUAGUGGGUUGCCUUCCACCUCUAUUCGGGUGGUCCGCGUUCGAGUUCGACCCUUUCAAGAAGACGUGCUCGGUGGCUUGGCAUCGCGAACUUGGCUACACUGCAUUCUGGGUGGUGUGGUGCUGUCUGAUUCCGCUCUGUGCCGUGUUGGUGUGCUACAGUCUCAUCUUCCGCGUGGCUCGGCUCAAAGCCCGCAAGGUGCACUGCGGGACGGUUGUAGUAUCCCAGCUGCCCUCGUCGUCCAAUAAGAACGACCGAAAGAACUCCACUGCCUCUGUUUCUUCCAUCGGCAGCCGUAGAGGCAUGAUUUAUGCCGGCAGCCAGUGUAAAGCACUGGUCACCAUUUUAGUGGUUGUUGGCACUUUCUUGUUGACAUGGGGUCCAUUUGUCAUGGUGAUUUGCGCAGAAGCAGUGUGGGGGAAAGGAAGCGUGUCUCCCGGACUGGAAACGCUGGUGACCUGGCUGUCAUUCGUCAGUGCCGCGUGUCAUCCUCUCAUAUACGGGCUGUGGAAUAAAACCGUUAGGAAGGAGCUGCUCGGCAUGUGCUGCGGUGACCACCACUACAGAGAAUCAUUCGUCAGUCGUCACAGGAAGUCCCGCCUCUUUAGCAUCUCCAAUCGAAUCACAGAUCUCGGUAUGUCCCCACAUCUGACAGCCAUGCUUGCGGGUGGAGGUCAGCUUUUAGGUGCCGGGAGCAGCACAGGAGACACCGGCUUCAGCUUUUCCCAGGACUCAGGUACAGAUAUCAUGUUGCUUGAUAACUGUUCAGAGUUUCCAGAAACCUCGCACUACAGUGCUUCAUUCAACAAACAAAGAUGCUCCGUCAUGUUUGAGGACCAGGUGGACCAUUCGAAAGGUGAAGAUCAGCCCCAGUGCCUGGUGAAGGCGGAGAUACACCAGGCGAUUGACAGCUUUGCGUCCAGCAUGGCUAAAGCCAUAGAAAGCGAUGCCAAACUUUUUUUGAUUGACAGUAUUUCAUCAUGUCAGCCCACAGAAAGAGACUUGCACUACCCGGACGCUCAAAGGGUCCGCCUGGAGAGUAUGGAUGAGGGAAUUGUAAACGAUGACAAAGAUGAGGAAGAUGAAAUUGAGGAAAUUUGUGCAUGAAGUUGAUCGAUGUAUUGAUAUCUGCAAUAUUCAUGCAAAUAACAAAGACCCGUUUCGUUCUCGGCUUUAAAUAUAUAUUUCGUUGUGUCAUGUUUUACCACGUGGCCUUUACUGCAUGUCUGAAUGGAUACGGAUGUGUUCGUAACCUUUAGACCAGCCAUAACUGUAUUUAUGAACCACUGUCCAGAAUCAGUUCACUUUUGUUCUGAAACACUGCUUGAGCUUUGACAACAUUUUUCUUUCUACUCUGGUUUUUAAAAAUAAGGUCAUACAUUUCCACAGUGAAUGUUUUUGCAUUCUUAAAAUUGUCAAAAGAUUAUAUUUCAGACGGAAGGGUAAAAAUUCUCAUUCAUAAUGAUGUACAAUCGUUUGGAAUAUAGCUUGGAAUGUAGUCCUUUUAUUACAAUAUUUCAAGAUGUAAACAUUGUGUAAUAUUUCAUUAUUUGUAGCACUAUUGAAAUAAUGUAAUUUAAAUGAAGAGUUAUUCGUCUCUCAUA